AUAGCGCCACCCAUCUAUAAAUUAUUCUUGUCAAAUUACAAGGGAUCAGUAUUCUCAUAUCUGAAACGCUCGGAAUCGGAGCCUUUUGGGAUUUGAUUGUUGUCUUUCAGCCUUUUGAUGUGGUACUGAUGUGCUGAGGCAUAGAAACAACUGAAGUUCAGAAACACCGCCAUGCCGAAAAAAUUUAGAGGCGAAAACAGCAAAUCAUCUGAGGCCCGAGCUCGCAAGGCCGCAGUUGCUAAUGAAGCGAAGACACAAAAACUAAAAGCAGUAGAAGAUGCAUAUUGGGCUGAUGAUAAUAAAAGCCUUCAAAAGAAACAACAAAGAAAAGCUGAAAAAGAGAUGAAAAGAACUGAAAAUUUGAACCGAAAAAAAGAAAAGGAGGAAUUAUAUAAUGCUGAAAUGGACAGCCUUAAAUCUAAGAAAACCGAAGUAAAAAAGAAUGAAAAAUUAACGAGAGCCCAAAUAGCCGCUAACGCCGAAAUUGAACGCUUGGAAAAAGAAAGACAAAUAAACUCUCAGAAGAAAGAAAACGAUUCAGAAAAAGUUGAAGGAAAUGUUAAUAGACUGGUUGGAGACUUGGUUGCCCAGGGUGAAGUCAUUGAAGCACGAAGUGUAGAAGAUGCUAUUUCUGUUUUAUCCGUUGCAACAGAAUUAGAGCGUCACCCCGAAAGACGUAUGAAAGCAGCGUAUACUAAAUUUGAAGAAGAAAAUAUGCCUCGUUUGAAAAAAGAGAACCCAAAUUUAAGACUGUCGCAAUUAAAGCAAAUGUUAAAGAAAGACUGGCAAAAAUGUCCAGAUAACCCCAUGAAUGCGAGAUUUGUUUCUUAUAAUACAAAGUUAUCUUGAGCUUUGUACAAUAUUAGGUACUCUCGUAGUGUGUGUACCAGUUUUGUUCAUAAUCUUUUCCGAUUUUAGUGCUAUUAUGAGUUCAGAACUGUCUCACUAAUUUGGUGUUACACGUAAAUUGGAAUCAGGAAAAUAAUCCGAUUCCGGUUGAAAAGAUUUUAGGUUAGAUUCAACUGGGUUGGAAAGAAUCCUACCACAGCACGGAACUUGAAUCAAAUUCUAUAACGAAAACCUUCGAGUACGCAAAACCUCUAAAAUCCAGCACCCAUCUUGUAAUGGUUCGUCACGCAUGGGCAUGGUACUGUUUAGUGAUAUUUGACUUUGUCACUUAUGAUAUGUUCCUUGUAUUGUUAGUUAUAUUGUAUCACUUCCCCAAGCGAGGUGCUGCAACUCGCUCAUCUUUAAUGCCUACAUGUUUACAAAGUUUGAAAAGCAUAUAGAUUAACAAUCAUUUAAAUUAUUUUUUUUUUCAUUUCGGACAAUUAUUCAGAUGGCCAUAGUGGUGUUCCGUCCGUUUC